AUGAUUCACAAAACCAUGUCUUCCCCACUCUUCUUCCUCCUCUUCACAAUAUUCACUUUCUGGGUAUUCUUCAUUUCAUCCCAAGCUGAAGAAGACGACGUAAGAUGUCUCCGAGGUAUCAAAGAAUCCCUAGGAAACUCUGAAAGUGGUAUUUCAUCAUGGAGUUUCAACAACGACACCGUAGGUUUCAUCUGCGAUUUUACUGGUGUCACUUGCUGGAACGUGAGAGAGAAUCGAGUUUUGGGUUUGGAGCUAAAGGGUAUGCAGCUUAAGGGUUCAAUUCCGAAUACUCUUGUGAAUUGUUCGUAUUUGAAUGAGUUGGUGUUAUCUGAUAAUCAUCUUAGUGGUAGAAUACCUUAUGAAAUUGGUAGUUUAACUAGGCUUCAUAAGUUUUCUGUUGCUAAUAAUCAGCUUAGUGGGAGUAUUCCAUCGUUUUUCAAUCGUUUUGAUAAGGAUGGUUUUGAUGGGAAUAGUGGUUUAUGUGGUGGUCCUCUUGGUUCAAAGUGUGGUAGUAUGAGUAAGAAGAAUCUUGCUAUUAUUAUUGCUGCUGGUGUUUUCGGUGCUGCGGCUUCGUUGUUGUUGGCUUUUGGGUUAUGGUGGUGGUAUCAUAUUAGGUUGAGGAGGGAGAGGAGUAAGGAAGGGUAUGUUGUUGGUGGUGUCGACGAUUGGGCAUUGAGGUUGAGAGGUCAUAAGCUUGCUCAGGUUAAUCUUUUUCAGAAACCGAUUGUUAAGGUUAAGCUUGGUGAUUUGAUGGCUGCGACGAAUAAUUUUAGUUCGGAGAAUGUGUUGAUUACAACGAGGACGGGUGCGACGUAUAGGGCGGAUUUACCGGAUGGUUCGACGCUUGCGGUGAAGAGGUUGAGUACUUGUAAGAUUGGUGAGAAGCAGUUUAGGAUGGAGAUGAAUCGGUUGGGACAGGUUAGGCAUCCGAAUUUGGCGCCUUUGUUAGGUUAUUGUGUCGUGGAAGAGGAGAAGCUUUUGGUUUAUAAGCAUAUGUCGAACGGGACGCUUUAUUCGUUGUUGCAUAAGAAUAACGGUGCAUUGGAUUGGUUGAUGAGGUUUAGGAUAGGGUUGGGUGCGGCGAGGGGACUUGCGUGGUUGCAUCAUGGUUGUCAUCCUCCGAUUAUUCAGCAAAAUAUUUGUUCUAAUGUGAUUCUUGUUGACGAAGAAUUCGAUGCUCGGAUAAUGGACUUUGGACUCGCGAGGCUUAUGACGUCCGACUCCAACGGUAGUUUUGUGAAUGGCGAUUUAGGGGAACUCGGUUAUAUUGCUCCGGAGUAUUCGAGUACGAUGGUUGCUUCGUUGAAAGGGGACGUGUAUGGAUUCGGAGUUUUGCUUUUGGAGUUGGUCACAGGGUGCAAACCUCUCGAGGUGAACCGUGGCGAUGAAGAAUUUAAAGGUAACUUGGUGGAUUGGGUGAAUGUGCAUUCUAGUUCAGGUAGACUCAAGGAUUGCAUCGACAAAGCGAUAAGUGGAAAAGGUAACGACGAGGAGAUUCUACAGUUUCUGAAAAUCGCAUCCAAUUGCAUCGUUUCUCGCCCGAAAGAUAGGUGGUCUAUGUAUCAAGUAUAUCAUUCGUUGAAAACCAUUUCCAAAGACAAUAGUUUCUCCGAACAAGACGAUGAAUUUCCAUUGAUCUUCGGUAAGCCAGAAAACGAGCCGUCCUAG